AUGGAUUAUGAUGAAUCAAUUCGCAUCAUGAUCGAAUUCAUCUCCCACCACCCUAUCACGGUUCCUCUCACCAAAAUUCCUAACCCUAAACUUCCUCUUUGUAUUCCUCACAAAGAAUUCAAACAUAUAAAAAUUGAGUCUAAUGCACUGGAAGUGAAGAUUGUUCCGGUUCAACAGAAUAUCUCACUCAAAGCGAUCGACAUUGCAGAAAAACCCAAAUGUCUCUGGGUUCAAGAACCUACGAAUGAAGAGUUUCAGUCGUUUCUGAAUCAAAUUAGGUACAAUGGAGAAUUCAAAGCUAAGGAGUUCAAGAAGUUUGUUGUUCCCGACCUAUGGACUAUAUUGAUGCACUUAAUCCUUGAAGGAUUGUCCGGCAAACAUGGUGGUACAGGUAAAGGACGAUUGGGUAUUUUUGAUGAUUGGUCUGAUUUUGUUAACAAGGCUCAUACAAGACAUUUAGAUCUCACUAGAGAACAAGUUGAAUAUACAUUUAUUUCUAUGCGUCAACGUGCUCUCCGAAGUCGUCUUCCUUUCACUUUUCCAUCCGAUGACGAAACUGAUCAUACUUUCAAUCCUUUCAAGGAAGCUCAGAAGAUUACUUCUACAGGAGAUGUUCCUAACUCUACAAAUGUUUCAGAUGAUCCUCCUCCGAAGUUCAAAAAUGAAGAAGCUCCUAAGCCUCCUACUAACUAUGAUCUCUCCGAUGAGGUUAUGUUCGAAGAUGACAACACAAUAGUUGGUGCAAUUCUGAUCCCUACUGCUUUCAACAUACUAUAG